GAUUAUAUCAGAAAAUCAUGAAAAUGCUGCCAUUAGUUUGUGCCUAGAUUCCAGUAUACUUAGACCUUCGGUGGGAGACCAGAAAACGAGACGCAAACAGUGACAGAUUUUGAAGAGUACCAGAUUUAUCGAUGGUCAACAACCGAGGGAUAUGAUGACAACUAAGAAAUUCACACACGUACUUUUCUCAGCAGUAGUGACUGGUUCUAUGUUGUGGUUUCUAUGGAUAAAUGAAAGCGCUUUAGUGAACAACAACAGAGAGGACAUCGAUGUCGAGGCAGCCAAUCCGAAAAACUCAAAAACAGCGCCUCCUACUGGCAGCAUGGGAACCGCAUACGACGACCUGCCCGAGUCCGUAGACUUAACAAGGGGGGUAAGGUAUGCAGUUGUGCGACAGAGAGAUUACAGACUGACAUCUGGGAAGCGAUUUGUGUAUCUCAUUGAGAGCCCAACAAAGACGGCCAUUGAAGGAUUAGAAGAAACUAAGGAACGCGACGUGAUUUGGAUGACGUUUGCAGAUAGGUCUGGUGACAUUUACGCCCCGGAUACAUCCGUUGCUUCCGGGAGAAGUGUGCUUCUUCAGCACGCGGUCAACUUAGCGGCCCAAAUGCAAGACGGCGGUUAUCUCUACUAUAUAUUCAUGGACGACGACCUGGAGCUUUCGGUAAAAUCAGACGGGGAGGUCAACUGGAAAUCUUGGCUCAAAAUGGCCGCGGAUCCUUUUCAGAGAUUUGAGGAGUUUUUAAUGUAUUACCAACCUGCUGUGGGUUACGUACGUUUCGAAGACAUGGUCAGGCAGUUUGUCAAUAAACAAGAACCCGUAAACUUAAACUGGGAUUUUGAUGAGUGUUUGAACGCUUUUCACAAGGAUACACUGUCCUUUCUGAUACCGUAUGAUUUGCACCUAGAUUAUGAAUCGUGGUAUAAUGGCGCCUGGAUGACUCGUCAGUUGAUUUCGAUGCUGUAUCACAGCUAUCGCAUUCAGUGUAACUCGCUGCUUGUUACAAAUCGUAUACACAAAAGAUCUGUUUCAAAGGAAAGAUACAAGCAAUAUUUUGAUUACGAAAUACCGCGAAACUACAUCUCGUCUGCAUUACUAACGAAAACAAAAGCCAGCCCAGCCAAAGCCAACCCAUUAAUCGAAGCUGUGUUAAAAGGAACGUCCUCCCGCCAAGAUCCUGGUACCCUACAACCGGGUUCUAAAAUCAAGAUUCCCGGCCAGCCAAAACUAAAAGGCAACCAUUCGUACCUUGUAACGCCUGAUUUCAUCCUACAGCAUUGGGACCCUACCCAUCCCAUGAUUAGAAAAAAAUUAACUUGGUUGCAAAAACCAGAAAUACAGAAAAUCCUCGGACUAGAUAACCGUCGUCUGCAGCCUUUUACACCUGACACUUUGUACUGCACCGCACCUAAUAAAUUUUCACUGACUAUUGGACAAUGACAUUAAUUUAAAAAUAUACUUAUCCAAUCACUGGACUUUCAAACGACUUCAACAUUAAAAUUUAUUAAUUAAAUUAAUGCUUUCUUGUCCAAAAUUUGUUUUAUUCAAUGUCAUCGUUCGUAUGUAGGCUUGUCAUCUGAUGAUAAUAAAUUUGGAACACUGUCAGCUUUUGAUAUAAUCCAAACCA